CAAUUUGCAUAUCUGUGAGGUGUAUGAAUCUGUCAGUACGUUUCCUAAUACUCUAGUGAUAGAAAAACAAAAGUGAUCCAUCAUCAUGAAGAGUACUUCAUGGAGUAAAUUAUGGAAACCAUUUUGACGUGAUCCACUCCAGCUUUUGAAAUGUACAGAUGCAAAUUAAUUACUUUAGGUCACUUUCGCCUGUGGCUUGAGACAGGAAGUAAAUCCCGGCCUCUGUAUUCAGUAAAAUGGUAACAUUGAAAUAGACAGAAGUGACAUGUUCGUUUUAUUAUACGCAGAACUUUGUCAUCAUCUACACACCACGGUAAAAUUACUGAAUGUAAAAGUAUUGUGGAUAUUGUGUUUCAAAAAAUGUUCAGAUACUUUGUGCGUGUUUCCAUACUAUUGCUUGUAGUGCGUUGCUUCGGAGAAUCAAAAAGUAUUAACAGGACUGGAUUAUUUCAAAGAUGGACAGAUAGCGAAUCUUUAUCUCGUGGAGAAAUCGAUGUCGACAAUAUUUUUAAUGAGAUUCUGUCAAACAACGCCCAGAAAAAAGAAGCAAUGAUAAAGCCUUUUCCUCUUGAGGAACUUUAUUUUCACGAUAAGGACAAAGAAUUUUCCAUGCAUCUUUAUAAAAUGGAAGGCUCUUCCAACUUUGUGUUUAAAAUCAACAAGUUGCGAACAGUUCUUGCAGAACGUCGAGUACAAUUGGACCUAUCGAUACCAAAUCUUUAUGUGGAAGGUUCCUACAAAUGUGACAGAAUGUCAUAUGGAGAUUAUGACUCAAAAGCAUCAGGAUAUUUCAGGUUGAAUUUAAACAACGUGACUGCUGCUGGGCUUGCAAUUCUGAAGGUAGAAAACAAUUCUUCAUUAAAAGUAGACAAAAUGCGGUUGACGUACUCAAGUGCUUACAAAAGAAUACAGGUCAGACAGCAGGAAAUGAGCCCCAGAGUCUCUCCUUUCAUAACCAGUGUAGCAUUUGGAAAGAUGGCGGUCGGGAAGAUAUGGCAAGGUUUAACCUUCCACUUGAAUACAGAAAUUGAGGAAAAAGUUAACCUGGCUCUUGGAAAGCGACUCCUGGCUCAGAUUAUAGGAAAUAAUGAAACGCUGGCCAAAUAUGAGGAUUACGUCAUCACAACAACGGCGAGUGCAAAUAAAUUUGUCGAUACCAUAAUAGAUUAUGCCAAGAAUGUGAUACUUCAAAAAUACAGGGACAGAAUUAAAAUACCAGACAUUCGAGAAGGCUUCGAGAAAAAGGUGUUAUUCGUCACCUGGAGGGGGCAGUUCCUGGCUGACCAUGGAACAGCUCGAGGGUGUCACACAGUGGAACGUGUAGGAGACAACACAUUUGCUAAUGAUAAUUCCUCUUUCAUGCAUUUCUAUGGAACUCUUGGAUUUGAACAUAUAGAGGUGUUAUUCGUCACCUGGAGGGGGCAGUUCCUGGCUGACCAUGGAACAGCUCGAGGGUGUCACACAGUGGAACGUGUAGGAGACAACACAUUUGCUAAUGAUAAUUCCUCUUUCAUGCAUUUCUAUGGAACUCUUGGAUUUGAACAUAUAGAGCUGUUCUAUGACCACUACAAAGCUCACUUUAUGGGUCUGGGUCCUUCUGGCAGCCUCAGUACUAGGUUCUUCCCUCUGGAUCUCUACGUACAUUUUCACAUUGACUUCACCAGCAAGAAAGUCUAUUUGGACGACUUCAAAGUUAUGAGUGUCGGAGACCUGGAAGUGAAAUUGACGGGUUUCGGAUGGCUGGUAAAUUUUCUGACGUCCAAAGUGGCCACCUGGAUCGUGGGUUUGUAUCGUGACAAAAUAAUCUCCGAUCUUCAGUUAAAGUAUAACAGUUACAUUUCUGACUUGCUUAAUAACUAUGAUUUGGAUGAUAUUUUAGAAGGGAGACUUUUAAGAUGAACAGAAUAUUUGUAUUAAGCCACAUUCUUAAUGCAUUGCAAUAAAAAGUGCUCUCCAUAAACAAUAAAGACAAAAAACACAGCAAGUUAAUAUAUGUUUACCAUUCGUUCCGAGUAUUUGACUUGCGCUUGUGUAUUCUUAAAUGCAUGUUGUUUUCACAUCCCUGCAGGAAGUAUUAAAUAAUGUUAAAUUUAUCCUUGCAACCCUGCAAGUUUCAAUUAUAAAUGUAUCCUGGAACUAGAGACCUUAUAGAUUCUCGACAUUAGAAAC